AUGAAUGUUUCAAAGUAUCCUAUUGGAAUUGAAUCUCGUGUCAGAGAUAUACUUCAUUUAUUGCAAGCUCAAAGACAUGAUGAUAUCAAGAUGCUUGGAAUCUUUGGCAUGGGUGGUGUGGGAAAAACAACCCUUGCUAAAGCCAUUUAUAACUUGAGUUUUCAAAAGUUUGAAGGCUGCUGCUUUAUUGCAAACGUUAGAUCACAAGUUUCUGAAGGGUACAAUGGUUUAGUUCGUUUACAAGAGACACUUCUUUGCAAAACACUUAACAGAAAGAAACUUGAAAUAAAAAAUGUUGAUGAAGGAAUAAGUUUGAUAAAACAAAGACUGCGAUCAAAAAGUGUUCUUAUUGUUCUUGAUGACAUAGACGAUACUAGUCAACUUGAAUCAUUAGCAGGACAACGAAAUUGGUUUGGUUCAGGGAGCACAAUUAUAAUAACAACUAGAGAUGUUCAGUUGUUGAGUGACCUGAAAGCACACGAGAAGUACAUGGUAGAAACGUUAAGCCCUUGUGAAUCCUUGCAACUCUUGAGUUCGCAUGCUUUUGGUGUUCCUAUACCAUUAGAGGAGUAUAUUGACCUAUCCGAAAGGAUAGCAAGUUAUACUGGUGGACUUCCACUAGCACUUACAAUUAUAGGUUCUCAUUUGCGUGGAAAAUCAGUGCAAGAAUGGAGUGAUGAUGCUAAGAAAUUAGAAGGGAUACCUCAUGAUGAUGUUCAAAAAAUUCUUAAAAUAAGUUACGAUUCACUUGAUGAUGAUACUCGGAAUAUCUUUCUUGAUAUUGCUUGUUUUUUCAUUGGGCAUAACAAAAAUGACACUUCUAUGAUAUUGGAAGCUUGUGGUUUUUAUGCUAAAUGUGGAAUACGAAUUUUGAUUGAAAGAUGCUUGUUGACAACAAAUGGAGGUGGAAAGUUUGAAUGUCUUGAGAUGCAUGAUUUAGUACGAGAUAUGGGAAGAGAAAUUGUUCGAAAGGAAUCUCCCCGAGAGCCUGGCAAACAAAGUAGAUUAAUUGACCAAAAUGAUGUCUUCGAUGUUCUUCACGGGAACAAGGGCACAGAAGCAAUUGAAGGGAUGAUUGUUAAUUCUGACAUGCUAGAGAAUGUGCCUUUGAAUACACAAGUAUUCAAAAGGAUGGUAAAGUUACGAAUACUCAUAUUGAAUGGUAUGUGUCUCAGCGGAUCUUUUAAAUAUUUAUCGAAUGAACUUAGGUUUUUUAGAUUACACAAUUGCAACUUGAGUCGCAUACAAUCUGAUUUUCACUGUGAGAAACUUGUUGAGUUAGACAUGGAAGGUAGCAAUAUCAAAGAAUUCCAAUGCAAUAUGGAGCAUUUUAGAUGGUUGAGGAUCUUAAAGCUUGAUUUCUGUCAACAACUUAAGAAAACCCCAAACUUCACUGGAUCACAGACUCUUCAUAAAGUAUCCUUUAUUCGUUGUUCAAGUUUGGUCAAGGUACACCCAUCAAUUGGAUGUUUGGAGAGACUCGUUGAGUUAAAUUUCUUCGGUUGCAAGGAACUCAAGGUUCUUCCAAGUAGCAUUUGCAAGUUAAAGUCACUUGAAGUUUUACGUUUAGAUGAAUGCGAAAAACUGAAGUCACUUGAAGUUUUACGUUUAGAUGAAUGCGAAAAACUGAUGGAGCUUCCAAUUGACAUGAGAAAAUUAGAGCAACUAAGAGAGUUACUUGCUAAUGGAACUGCCAUCUCACAUAUACCAUUUUCUUUCGGAUGUUUGAGAAAUCUAAAGACACUGAAUCUGGGGAAGAGCAAGAAUUGUGUACUAUCAAAAUCAAAAUCUCACCUUCUUGACAAUUUAUCAUCACCUCUUUUUUUAUCAAGAAGAAGACGUGAUGGUGUUGGUUUCUUUCCACCUUCAGUUGCAAAUUUGUGCUCUUUGGAAUUUCUAUAUCUGAAUGACAUCUAUCUACAUGAAGUAGAUCUUAGGAUCACUCUUGAGAAUUUGACCUCAUUGGUAUCUUUAGAUUUAUCAGGGAGUUAUUGUCAUCAAAGCUUACCCUUUGGCCUUUGUCAUCUUUCAAACUUGAAAUUUCUAUCCUUGAACAAUUUGGAAAAUCUUAGAGUACUUGUAGAACUUCCUCCUAGUUUGGUAAAUUUCUCUGCAGAAAAUUGUGUUUCAUUGGAAAAUAUAGCAGUUGUAUCAAACUUGAAGAGACUUGAAGUGUUGAGUAUUGGGAAUUGCAAAAGUUUGGUUGUGCUUCCAAACAUGGAGAGUCUUUCAUCCUUAGUAGAGCUUGACAUAAGCAAUUGCUUAAGUUUGGUUGAGCUUCCAAACAUGGAGAGUCUUUCAUCCUUAGAAAUUCUUGGCAUAAGGAAUUGCAUAAGUUUGGUUGAGCUUCCGAACAUGGAGAGUCUUUCAUCCUUAAAAUGUCUUAACAUAAGGAAUUGCAAUGCUUUGACUAUUCCUGACAACUGUUUGCAUGAAGAAGAUCUUCCAAUUGCUCUUAGGAGUUUGUCCUCCUCGUUGAAAGAAAUAGGUUUAAUGGGAAGAUAUUAUCUUCAAAGUUUACCAUUAAGCCUUUGCCAUCACUCCAAUUUGAAGAAUCUCUGCUUAGAUGAUCUGCAGAAUCUUAGAUCACUUCCACAACUUCCUCCGCAUUUGGAGGCGCUAUCUGCAAAGAAUUGUGCUUGGAAAGUCUUGAAUCCUUAA